ACUUCAGAACCGACCUGCUCGAGACUCGCUGUGUGUGGGGUCAUCAGAAGUUAGAACUCCUGACUCCUGAGUGCAGACUGCGGAGUUAAUCCUCUCUCCGGCAGCAGGACAGCGAACUGCUCUCGUGGAAUAGAAAAGAAAACAGAGGACUAGAAAAAACUGAGAUGGGUGGCCAAGAGAAUGUGAAGCAGCUCGAAGAGUGUUCUGUUUCCAAUGCACUGGGCACAUGGGUUUUCUCGGUAGCAGGGGCUUUGCUUGCAAUCCCUGUGGGGAUACGUCGGAAGUCUUUAGCACCCUUGGUAUUCUUUGGGACAACUGGUACCAUGCUUGACAUUAUCAUGGGAAUUAGUGCUUGUGAAAGAGAACAUGCAGAACGCCAAAUGAAGCUUUUGGAAGCACAAAAUCUUGCAACUGAUGCAUCUUUGGUGGAGACUGGAAGUGAGUCUUGAUUUAUCAACCUUUUGCACUUAAAUGAUUUUAAGAACUAGUCUUCCAACUUCUAUUUGCUAUGUAAAGCAAAGAAUAAGCAUUCCAUGAGUUCUUAUACCAAUGAAAUGGAUAAUUUGUUUCUUUGUUUUUUUUUC